AUGGCUAAUUCCUCCUCAGUGACAGAGUUCCUCCUGUUGGGUUUCUCCAGCCUUGGGGACCUGCAGUUUGUCCUCUUUGGGGUAUUCCUCUGCCUCUAUCUGUUCAUCUUGAGCGGGAACAUCAUCACCAUCUCCGUAGUCCGUCUGGACCACAGCCUGCACACACCCAUGUACUUCUUUCUGGCUGUUCUUUCCACCUCAGAGAUCUUCUACACACUUGUCAUCUUGCCUAAGAUGCUCAUUAAUCUGUUCUCAGUCCUGAGGACCCUCUCCUUCAUGAGUUGUGCCACCCAGAUGUACUUCUUCCUGGGCUUCGCCCUCACCAAUUGCCUGCUGCUGGGGGUGAUGGGUUAUGACCGCUAUGCUGCCAUCUGCCAGCCCCUGCGGUACCCCACGCUCAUGAGCUGGAGCAUGUGUAGGCAGCUGGCGGGGACUUGCGUUGCUGCGGGCUUCCUGAUAUCUCUAGUGGGGACCAGUUUGGUCUUCAGUCUCCCUUUCUGUGGCCUGAACAAGGUGGACCAUUACUUUUGUGAUAUCUCACCAGUCAUCCGCCUGGCCUGUGCCGAGAGCCACGUCCACGAAAUGGUCAUCUUCCUCUGCGGGGUCUUUUCGCUAGUGGUUCCCUUGGUCUUCAUCUGCAUCUCGUACGGCUUCAUUGUCCGCACCAUCCUGAAAAUCCCAUCCACUGAGGGCAAGCAGAAAGCCUUCUCCACCUGCGCCUCCCACCUCAUUGUGGUCACGGUGCAUUACGGCUGUGCGUCUUUCGUCUACCUGAGGCCUUCUACCAAGUUUACCACAGGCAAAGACAGGCUGGUGACAGUGACCUACACCAUCAUCACCCCGCUGCUGAACCCCAUGGUGUACAGCCUCAGGAACAAGGACGUGCAGCUGGCCAUCCGCAGGGUGGUCGGGAGGGCUGGCUUUUCCCUUAAGACUUUAUAA